AUGGGAGCGCUUCUCCAAGAUGCGCUGCUCAUGUUCUUCCUUGGGCUGCUGAAGCUAGUCACCAAGAACGGAACAUCAGCGGAUCUCCUCUCGACCACCACAAGGCAGCUCUCAUCACAACUCUUGCUCAAUGCCGGCAACGCCUCGAGCCAGUCCGUGGCAGCUCGACUUAUUGCUCGAUGCUGUAAUGGGACAGUGCGACCUGUUCAAGCCGGCAUUACUUCGAAGUACGAAGCCAUCGUAGCCAGUCUUCCUCAACAGACCGGGCUCCAAAGCCCGUCAUACGACCAAACACAUGUCACCACGUCUCUAUCGCCCGAAGGCUGGCCACGCAUGGAACGUCUCUGA